ACUACGAUCUCUUCUUAACAUCUGUUUUGUUUUGAUAAUUUUUUGCAUACUUUUUACAAAACAAAUAAAUUAAAAUAAUAUAAAUUACAAAAAUAUAACUUUGUUAAGUUCUUUCUACCAUAAAUAUAUACAUAUAAUCUUUAUAAACAUUAAUAUUCAACAAUAAAAAUGAACAAAGAAUUGUUACAACCAGUAAAUGCAACGAAUCCUAUAGUUUUUCUAGACAUUAACAUUGGCCAGGAAUUUGCCGGCCGUAUUAUAAUAGAAUUACGCAAAGAUGUAGUUCCUAAGACGGCUGAAAACUUUCGUGCUCUGUGUACCGGUGAAAAAGGUUUGGGCACUUUGGGAAAGCCAUUGCAUUAUAAGGGAGUGCGCUUUCAUAAAGUCACUCGGGUGUAUGUGGCACAAAGUGGUGAUGUGGUAAACAAUGAUGGCUCUUGUGGAGAAAGUAUAUAUGGUCCAAUAUUUGAAGAUGAAAAUUUUGUAUUAGAGCAUUCCGAUGAGGGCUGUGUUAGUAUGGCCAACUAUGGUCAGCCCAAUACAAAUAACUCACAAUUCAUAAUCUCUUCGGUGGCAUGUGACAAUCUAAAUGGAACAAAUGUGGUUGUGGGAAAAGUACUAAGAGGUUUGGGUAUUAUAGGUGAUAUGGAACAGAAUACCAGCGAUGAUGGAAUACCUAGUGAGGAAAUUGUUAUAGUUAAUUGUGGUGAAAUUGCACCAGGAGAAGAUUGGGGUUAUAAUGAUGCUGAUGAAACCGAAGAGUGGCUGCCACCUUAUCCUCAAGACUGGGAAGAUAAAAUGAAAGAUUUUGCGAUUGAAGAAUUAUUACAAUUAUUAACAAAAAUACGUAAUGCUGGCAAUUAUUACUUUACCCGGGAAAAAUUCUAUGAAGCAAGACGUAAAUACCGCAAGGCUAAUCGGUAUUAUAAUCUUUUGCGUAAACGUUAUGAUUGGCAAGAACUAGCUCACAUUGAGUGUUCCGAUGAUGAUCUCAGAAAAUUAGAUCAAUUCUCUGUGGUGAAUAAUGUCAAUAUGGCUGCAGUUGAAUUGAAAUUGAAUAAUUACGCCAAUGCUAAAUAUUGUUGUACGGAAGCUUUACGUCUUGAUAACAACUGCAGUAAGGCAUACUUUAGACGCGGUCAAGCACAAAUAGCCCUUAAGAACUAUGAAGAUGCCAUCAGUGAUUUGAAAAGGGCUCAUGAAUUUAUACCCGAUAAUAAACACAUUCUGAAUGAACUUAAUCGUGGCAAACAGUUGUUGGCGGAAUACAAUCGCCAUCAAAUGAAAAAAUUAAAAACUCUUUUCAACUAAAUUUUUUCCAGGAUGCAUCAUGAUUUUUUUCAAAUGAAACUAAAUCUCAGGGGUUUUUCAUCCAAAUACUGAAAUGGUUAAAAAGCUUAAAGUUUUAAAUGAAAUGAAUUUAUAUUUAUCUUCACAUGAAAAACAGUUAUUUUCAAAAAUUGCUAAUAAGAAAUAUAUCUAUCUCUCUUUAUUAUUAUGCUAUUUCGUUGUAAUUGUACUUGUUCAUAUUUUUAAGCAUAUUAUACAGGCCAACAAAUAUUUAGCACAGAGGCCAAGGUAUACUUUUCUAACAUCAGGUUUUUCAAAUAUGGUUUGAUGAAGUUUUAAAAAAUCUCUAUUUUUGGCCAUAUUUAAGACGAUUUAACAAUAUUUGUUAUGUCAUCUGAAAGUCCAAUUUUUUAAAUAAAGGUUUAAGUUCUUUUUUCCUCGAGAUAACUUAUUUUAGAAAAUUAUAUUUUGGUCUCUGGAUUUUGCCGUUUCUCAAAUCUUGUUGGCCUAUGUUUUUUAUUUGUUAUGAUAAAAAAUAGAUGUUGUUUAUAUCAGUUUAAAUAAUUAUGUUUUAUACGUGUAUAAGAUUAUAUUCUAAUAAAAAUGUUAAUAUAUUUCUGAAAUUUACUUAAAAUAAAUAUGUAUCUAAA